AUGAGAAGCGGGAUCAAACAACUGACUCAGAGGCUGGAGAACUUUGAAAAACAUCAGAAAAUGCAAGACAGCCAGAUAGCUCCGUCCGUCUCAAGAGCACAUAGCACAUUCCCAGGGAAAUCGGAUUUAAAUCCAGUGGAACACUGCAACCGCAUUAAACUGAGAAGCGGAUGUACUGUGGGAGGUUCCCAAAUCACCACUCAGAAGGAGCUUGAAUCAGAGAAAGAGCCCUCUGUCCCGCUGCCCAAUCGAACUCAAAACAGGGAUGGAGAAGAGGCUGCUAAGAAGGUUGAAGAAACCCUUCAAAUAGUCCCACAUAAUCAGACGAUCCCUUUUCCUCAUAAGCUUAUAGCAACCCAGAAAGAUGAAGAGUUCAAUCGGAGGCAAAAAGGUGACUUCGAGACUGUAGCAUUAACAGAAAAUUACAGCGCCCUCCUUAUGGCAAACUCUCCACCGAAGCCUCAGGAUCCAGGAAGUUUCUCCCUACCGUGCAGAAUUGGUCCUGAACUUAUACCGAGAGCUUUCUGCGACUUGGGGGCCAGCGUCAGCCUACUUCCGUACUCCCUAUACAAGAAACUAGGCCUCUAG